UUCAGCUACUGUCUGUCUUUCUACAUUCGUUUUGUUGGAUGAUAGCAUCUCUUUUGCAUUUCUUUUUUGCUUGAGCUUGUCGCAACGACUGGAUGUUUUUUUUCUGUUUGUUUUGUUUUUCGUCCAACAUAUUACCCGGACCUGGAGCUGGUAUCCAAGACUAACCAACAACAGAAAAACAACGCGGCCAGUGAGGGGCUGGAUUGCUCCUCUAGGAGCGGGAGGAUUGCCUCCAGGUCAUCACGUUUCUCAUAUCAUCUUUGAACCCCAUCUCCAAAAUGGUUGCGUUCGCCAGGCUUCUGCUUGCCAGUACAGUCUUCAUAUGGGGAGCUGCUUCGGUCGUAGUCCCUGAACAGACACUAAUUGACAUUGUUACGAAAACACCGCAAUGUGCUAUGAAAUGCUUUACCGACGCAAUUGCCUCAAGAAAUUGUAGCCUUGCGAGUGCACAAUUAGUUGCCGAUUGUCUCUGCGUCUCCAAUCCGACUCUUUCAGUAGCGGCAACCUGCGUGCAGAAGAGUUGCAAGUUUACCGAACAGCUGAUUGCACGGAACUUGACGCUCUUCUCUCUGUGCAAGGGUUACCCGAUAGAGAACCGCAGUGCCGACGUCGUCAACAUUGCCAUCAUCGGAUUCGUUGUCACAGUGCCCGUUGUUGUCAUAAGGAUAUUAUCGAGGCUAUACAGCUCAGGUCGACUAUGGUGGGAUGAUUACACAUGCAUUGUUGCAUCAGUAGUCUUGUUCGGAAUGCUCGCGAUGGAAAUCGAAAGCGCCCGACUCGGAUUCGGUAAACAUAUCUGGGUCAUCGAAGAAGCUCCUGGCCUCUCGCUAUUAAAGUACUUUUGGGUCGGGCAGAUGAUGUACAUCAUCGUCCAGGUUUUUGCCAAAAUCUCCAUUUUAAUCCUUUACAUUCGACUAUUCACCACACCGUGGUUUCAAAUCUUUUGCAAGUGCAGCAUUGUUUUCAUGGGUUUGCACGGCGUCGGGUACAUGGUACUGGUCAUCUUCCAGUGCACGCCCGUCGCUGCAGUAUACGACCGACACCUCAAUGGCAUGUGUAUCGAGUUUAACCCCAUCGUCUACUCGGGCGCUGCUUUGAGUGUGUUCGAGGAUGUGGUCCUGGUAGUGAUACCGAUUCCAGAACUCUGGAGUCUGCGGUUGAACUUUAAGAAAAAGAUGGGGCUGAUGCUAAUGUUUGCCAUUGGUCUUGUUGCUACUGUUACGAGCAUUGUCCGGAUCAACUAUCUGGUCAAGAUUGGGUUCACGUAUGAUCAGCCAUGGGACAACGUCGACCCAAUAACGUGGUCCGUGAUAGAAGAGUUCUGUGCUAUCAUCUGCGGCAGCCUGCCUUCAUGCCGAGCAAUCGUCACCGCAUGGAUACCACGGAUAUGGUCCUCGAUUGACCACUCAGACGUAGGCAACAGCCUGGACGUGCAUAGGGACAACGCCUUUGCCCGAUCCGAAAAGGCCCUCGGCGGGGCACCGCCAUCGGCACGAAAGAAACGCUUCUCUCUAUACCGACUCACGACCGAGAUCGAUCCAUUAGAUCUGGACUUUCGCCAGUCCGGCGGCAGGUGGAAGAACUGCCCGUCUGUCGACGAGAGGGACAGCGAGGAUGGGCUGGGCAAGGUGGAGGAGAUCUCCAUCUGCUCGGACACGAAGCGCACCUCGGAGGUGGUGAAGCGGAUGACGGAGAUUGGCGCGAGUCCAGACGAUCCGGACAUGGUGAGCGUCCCGAUCCGCAGCCCAGGAGAGGUGAUUGAGAUGUCGCGGCGCGCCAGCACCAGCGUCCUGCACCAAUCCGUCGCCGAUACUCUGGUCCGGUACUCGAUGGCGCCGUCUUCGCGUUCGAACCGCUCAUAUUCCGUCAUCGGCACCGCUUGGGUAGCCCCUGACGCCACUGUCGAAAGUGGCGUCAGCCACACGGUGGUGCCGUCGGACGACGUUCCCGCCGUGCCAGAUCUGCCCGUCGACAGGAUUGUGUGGCCGCUGCCCUCGGUUUUGGACACGUCUGGCCAGGCCGGGACGGAGUUCACUGGCCCGAUAAGAGAUCGCCUCGCGAGUGACGGUAGCAUCAACACGGAACUGGGGAUCGAGGCCGAGGAAAAAAGCAGAUUCAUGGGAAGUGCACGUAAUUCACGUCAGGGAUUGCCUGGGGGUCUCAUAUAAAACUCCGAUCAUGGUUGUAUUAAAUCCGCUCGUUGACC